GCCCGGCGCCCGUUCCAUCCUCUGCUCCCCGUGGGCCCCCUCGCGCGGCUGGUGGCUGGCUCGCUCCCCGGUCGCUGCCUGUGGGGACGUUCGCAGGCGAGCGCACCUCCUUGCGCGGAAGAGCCCCGGGCUGGGAGGCUCCGAGUGAGCGUCGAUUGGUUGACGUGGUGCCUGCGCGUCGGGCCUGAGAAAGUCUGGGCGAGCGCGCAGAGUCGGCUCCUGGGGCGGUGCGGGGCGCAUCUCAGCUUCAAAUCUUGGCGCAGAAACCAGAGACAUUGCCAGAGCAAACAGGAACGGGAGUACAAAUGGAUGACUGGUCAAAAGAUGUAACCCAUGGUUAUCUUGAACAAGAGACCACGGGGAGAAAUAAAAGUACACAGCCAGAUGAGCAACUGCCUGUGAAUUCUAAGGGAAGCAUGCAUCAGAAAUCCAAUGAAUUAGUUAAUGAAGCUACAUAUGAAGGCAUAGAAUUGCCAGAGCAGAGAUCAAGGAAUUUUCAAGUCAUCAGUCCUCAUCUAGGUGAUGAGACAGCUUACUGCACUACAGAAAAGUCCAACAUUAUGGAACAUAGAAAUAAUGAUAUGCAUUACAAAUGUAUGAUUCCUUGUCAAGUUACUUCAGACUUAAAUAAAGAGGAGACAAUAGCAUUGCUUCUCAAAGAAUUGGACAUUCUCAAAGCAAGCAAUAAAAAGCUUCAAGAAAAACUGACUAAAGAAGAUAAAGAACAGAGAAAACUAAAGCUUAAACUGGAACUCCAAGAAAAAGCAACAGAAGCUCAAAUUGCUGAAAAAACAGCAGCUCUGGUUGAAGAGGUGUAUUUUGCACAGAGAGAACGUGAUGAAGCUAUUAUGUCUCGACUGCAGUUAGCCAAUGAGGAGAGAGAUGAAGCAGUUGCACGAUCCAAGCAUAUGGAAAUGUCUCUAAAACUGCUAGAAAAUAUUAACCCUGAAGAAAAUGACAUGACAUUACAGGAAUUACUGAACAGAAUAAACAAUGCAGACACAGGGAUAGCUAUUCAGAAGAAUGGAGCUAUAAUUGUGGAUAGAAUCUACAAGACCAAGGAAUGUAAAAAGAGAAUAACUGCAGAAGAAAUGAAUGCAGUGAUUGAAGAACGGGAUGCUGCUUUGUCUCAGUGCAAACGGCUAGAGCAGGAGCUUCAUCAUCUGAAAGAGCAGAACCAGACUUCAGCAAACAACAUGAGACAUCUGACUGCUGAAAACAAUCAAGAACGUGCUCUGAAGGCAAAGUUGUUAGCUAUGCAACAAGCCAGAGAAACUGCAGUUCAACAAUUCAAAAAACUGGAAGAAGAAAUCCAGACACUUCGAGUUUACUACAGUUUACACAAAUCUUUAUCCCAAGAAGAAAAUCUGAAGGAUCAAUUUAACCAUACCCUUAGUACCUAUGAAGAAGCUUUAAAAAAUAGAGAGAACAUUGUUUCCAUCACUCAACAACAAAAUGACGAACUAGCUACCCAACUGCAGCAAGCUCUGACAGAUCGAGCAAACAUGGAAUUAGAGCUUCAGCACACCAUAGAGGCCUCCCAAGCAGCCAAUGACAAAGUUCAGAAGUUGGAAAGGCUGGUGGACGUCCUAAGGAAGAAGGUUGGAACAGGGACCAUGAGGACAGUGAUCUGACUGAGAGAAAAACGAGUCUGGGGAAGCAAUCACAUCUGGUGACCAGGCUGCUUCAUUCAACACUGUGUAAACACUAAAGCCUUAACUUAGCAAACAGUUGUUAGAAGUGGGACACUCCAACCACAUUCCAAGCUGAGAUAAAAUCAAAUCACAAAUGUUUAACCACUUUGCUGCUGACUUGAGUUAUUUAUCCAAAUGUAUUAACUACAGACUUUUACCAAUGGGUAGCUAUAAAGUUGCAGCUUAUUUUGUAACUAUUUUAUAUCUCACUGUAUUUAAUACAAAUAUUUUUGCUGAAAGACCAUAGUAAAGUUGGUCAGGAUCAUAUCUUCACAUAUGGCCCUUUCUGAAUCAAAAUACAGCAAAGUAAAUAUUGCCUAAACCUUAAUCCACUGUGUUAGGUCAAAACUUCAAAUACAUACAUUUUCAAUGUAGAGUUUAUUUCUUAACCAAUAAGAGAAGCACAUACAUAAGAGUGUAUAGUCUUCCUUCAAUGCAUGCAUGUAAUCUUUGUUAGUUUUAAAGAAUAUUAAGCAUAGAUACCAAGAAUCAAUGUAUAAUUUGCCUUAAUAAGAGUUUAGUAUAUUAAAAUUACAUUAAUCAAGGUAUGAUUUUUCUUUCACUACAAAUAAUGCACAGUUUUCAAUAAAAAGAGGGUAUUGUUAAUGUGUACUUAUAAA